AUGAUUCUUGAACGUCUGGUCUCGAUUGCUGAAACUUGGGGUGGAGUGGAAAAUGGAUUUGGACUUGCAGAAUGUUGUGACCCAAAGCAUUUCCCAGAGACUGCUGGAAAUGUUUAUUUCGAAUACAGACCAGACCACGGUGGUCGGUCGUCAGCCCAUCAAAAUCCAGACGACCAAUCGACAUCUUCAAAUACUUUGGGGACUAUAGUCCUUCAGGCUCUCCACCGCAGAAACCAGUCACCAUCAGAAAUAAUGGAAGAACUGUUGGCUCAACAUCCAGUACCUGCAUCUCGUCAAAUGGCUCUUUUCUCCCGAGUUCGACUAGCAACGUACUUUUCAGAGCCUACGCAACGGCAUAAGUGUAUACGCGCUAGACUGCAAGCGCUAUCUAUUUUGUCAUAUACUUUCGAAGUCGACGAACGUUAUCUGUAUCCUAGCUUGUUAGAUGAACUUGUUGAAGUACUUGGCUUACCAGAUGGUCAGUAUAUGGGCAUCAAAGCAUGUGCUCUCCGAACAUUGACUGCUAUAGUUAAUUCUCAUCGAUGGGGCAUAAAUUGGGGUUCGUUGGUUGGAUCCACUGGAUUAUCCAGUUAUCAUGGUAUUUUACCUAAUCUGACUAGAAAAUGGGUCCAAGGACUUGUAGAUGGUUCUAUUAAAGCUCCUGCUGGAAGUACAAAUCAGCAUUUCACAACUGCUUUAUUGUCUUUCUUAUAUCAUUUAGCUUGUUAUGAAGAGAACGUGGGUCCAGGAAAUACACAGAAUGCACCGCUUAGCUCUAGUGGUGUCUUGGACACAAUGAUGCAGCUUAUUUCCUGGCAUUCACCACAUAAUGAUUAUUUAAGCUAUGUCACCAGAGCUGUCCGUGUGACUGAUCAAAUCUUAAUGAGUAUUUCUUCAAGUCGUCAACAUGUUGUUGGUAUUUUGGUUGACAGACUGAGUUAUGAAGUGGGAGUUGUUCUUCAAGGUGCAUCAACGUCUGCAGAUAAAUCGGAUCACUCUGAUGGUGAACAACCUUUGAAUACACAGCGUUCUGGGCUCAUGAAAUCUAUACUCAAUCUACUCAAACGUCUUUGCUUGGACUCAGAAUGGGGUGAAGUGUUGCACUCAGUUAUGGAUGAUAACCUUCCAAAUGUUUUACGUCAGAUUUUCCUUAAUGGUUCCAGUCAUUUUACUCCACAUCUAUCACUUUUUGCCAUGGAAACAAUUACUAACUAUUUGUAUACCUACCCAUCUCGCAUAUCAGCUAUGCAGGAUAAAAAUAUUACAACAGAUAUUUUGAAAGCUCUAACGGAACAACCACUGCCGCAAAAUCGUGAUUUUCUUGUACAAUUACCGGCACUAUUAAAUACUUUGGCAUUGAAUUCUCGUGGUAUUGAAGCAAUUCUAUCAAGUGGUGUAAUUGGUCGUUAUCUGAACACUUUAGUUUCACCAGAAUAUUUGUCAACAAUGAAAACUAAGCGUGUUCGCGAUUUUAUGUCACAAAUACCGUAUGAUAUGCAUUGCAGCAUGGGACAGAAUUUGUCAAACAGUUUGACAGCUAGUCAAAUGAGUAAUGCUGUUCAUGAAUUACUUCGAUCGCAUGCAGAAUUGAAACCUGUUGUUUCUAAAUAUGCAAUUUCGUGUCUACGUCAUGUUGUGAAUCUUGGCAAAACACCAGCAACAUUAAUAUCUGAAAGUAUGUCAUGUGGUGGUCCUAGUCAUUUAAGCUUAGUGUCAGAUUCCACACGAAGUGCUGAUGGCUCCUGUUGGCCUAUGUCAACAGCUGAUGCCAGUGAACCACAACAUUCGGAACAGAGGUCUUCAGCGAGUACUAGUCAGCCGCCUAGCACAGAUGCUCCUUUAAGUUUGAGUAGUAUCCAGCGUUCUCUUGCUGCGGCCGAAGAUGAUGCAGUUAUGCUGUCCGGCGGUGAAGAUGACGAUGAUGACUACAACAGUGAUAGUGAUGUUAAUCAAGAUAGGCAAACGAAUACUCGUUCUGCUACUGUACAAGCUGGAAGCAUUGCCUCCGAUAGCGUGAUACCCAUGGUCAGUUUAGAAACGUCUGUCGAUUGUAGAAGAGUGUCAGUCACAGAAGACACCUCUAACAAAAGUCGUACAGAAUGUCUCCCUGUAUCACCAAACAUGUUUUUAUCAGACUAUAUGCUAAAUAUGUGUAAAUUUCUUGAGAAGCCGUUAGUAUUCGUAUCACACACUACACAGACAAUGUGUCCACAGUUUGUUAGUCAAGGUGGCCUACAAGUCCUCUGUGAUCUACUGCGUAUGCCUGGCCUACCGUACGAUUUUCCAGUUUCUGCAACUUGUGCUUCGUUGUGCAAAAUUUUUGAAGAUUUGGCAAAUUCUGUAGAUUUAAAUGAGGUGACAAAACCGUUAUUUCAAUGUUUAGAGUCGUCAAUGGAGAAAUUGUGUUCACUACACACCUCCAAUUAUCCGAUGACUUCCAUACUUCUACGUGAAUAUCUAUCUGGGGAACACGAAAUGCUCCACGAGUUGGUGAUAUUAGCUUCUGUAAUCUGCAUUCUAGUACAAAUGAUACAGCAUAUUAAACCUGUGUUCCACACAUCGUUAGCUUCUGUAUGGUUACAACAGAAUUGUUUAUACACAUUAGGGCACCUAUAUUUAGGAGUAUCUUGGGAAGCUGCCAUCAUUUUAAAAGUUCUGUUUGGUGAUAAAGAUAUUAAUGAAUCUGAUUUGUUGCCAAGUGAAACAAAAACAUCUCAAAUGUAUAAACCUCAGCAACAUCCAAAUCCUAGCAUGUUGAACAAACCACCCAUCGAACCAAUGCCUCGGUUUGUUGAAGCCUUGCAUAUGUAUUCACUGAUCAAACAGUCGGUUUUGCCUACUACCGACUAUCAAUCAACGUUUAUAUACAAACAUCCAGAAUUAUUCACCGCUUUAGGCAGAUUCUUUUCAAAUCGUCCACAGGUCAACUAUAGACGUCGGCGAACUUCACUAUUUUCAAAUGAUUCAAUCCACCCUGAGAUGAGAUUGCCGGCUUUAAUUCAAGUAGCCGAUAUUCUUUCGCAUGCAUACACCUGGGAACCGGCGUCAACGAGUCGUAGUCAUAAAGCCGCCGCAUCAUUAAAUUAUGCUAUUCGUUAUGCAUCGAUUCAGUUGACUAAUCUAUUGUUACAUGAUUCUAGUCAAAGAGAUUCUGACUUGGGGAUGAUUAAUGCCUUCUAUAAGCUGAAUGGAAUAAAUCUUUAUUUUGGAUUAUUCCGUCAACUGAUUAGUUUUGAUUUGGAUGAUCCGUCGAUUCGAAAACCAUUGUCGAUGGUCUUAGAAGAAUGGCUUGUCUGUGCCGAUCAUAUGAGUAGUACAAAAUUUUGUGCUGGAUUUAAUUCAGAGGCUUCACGAGCAAAUGAUAUUGAUGCCAAUAAUGUUAAUGUUUCAAAAAUUACUACGCGUGUUCAUCAAUGCAUGCUACCAGCACUUGCACAGUUAUGCUCUCGUACAGAUCUACAGGAUUUACUCAGUCGAAAGGCUGUUGAACAUUUACUCAGCAUGUUGGUCACAGUAGUUCCGUGUAUAUUUAACAAUGAGAAAGUUGCCAUGGAUACUGACUCUCCUUCCACCAGUGCUGUUCGUCCAUCUGAUUCGAACAACACUGACUCUGGUAAUCAACCACUAGCUAGUGUUCUUGAAGAUGAGAUGUCUUCCACCGCACAACCUAUUCAGUCAUCUCAAACAACCGAUUCAGAGGCAAAUGUUCCACCUAACACUGAACAACGGAAUGAAUUACCCAUGGAUGUCUCUGACACAUCUUUAGAGCAAUCUCCAGCGUCUACUACGACUGGCCUUACUGCAAAUCCACUCAUUGUACCUCGUACUGUACUCCAAAGGCCAGACCAGUCACAAGCAGCAAUUCAAAUGACAGUUGCUUCGUCUGUAGAGUCUUCAGUGGAUAAUAAUCCUUCACAAGUUAUGGAUUCUCAAGAAUCAUAUCUAGCUGAUGGUGACAGUAAUAAUAUUGAUGGUGUUGAGGAGGGUGUACGCGAUCCUGACGCUUUACGUUUGAUGGAAGAGAUGGGCUUUGAUUAUGAUUUGGCUAUGGUUGCUUUGGAACAAACGGGAUGGAAUACAAACGAUGCAGUAAAUCUUAUGAUAGCGACUCCUCCAGAGGACUUAAUGCGCAAUGCGAUUCCACCUAUAGCUGCUGGUUUGAGAAGAGUUCGACCACCUCGUAGAAGUCAACGGCAUCGGAUAGGUGGUGGUGGCACAGCAGGGGAAGUUGGUGUUGGGAGUCAGUCCACGUCAUCGGAGACCAGUAUGGAUACUACAGGAAUUCAGUCUAACGUGUAUGAACAUCUAACCGAAUUUAUUGAUAAUCUAAGUACCAUUGAUCGUUUGGAAACACUCAUGAAUACAGACGAUCCCACCAUCACGGGUAGUGAAGUUACCUUGCCUACAAAUAGUAGUCUCAACUUGAAAGAUUUAAAGCGACCUUCUGCCUAUAAAUUUCCCCUUGUUAUGCUUGAACCGUUUAACGAAAAGGUGUACAAUGAAGCUCGAGAAUCACUGAAACAAAAUGUCUUCAAAACGUGUUAUGCUAUAGCUAAACGUCAUCAUUCAGAUCAGAUUCUCCAUCAAAUCGCUGAAUUAUUCUUAUCCAGUGGUGAACAUGAACGAUAUAUUAAUGAAUUAUUCGCCGUUGUCAUCUCUAGUCUCGCGUCAUAUCUUCGUAUUCCACCUACUACAACUACGGUCAACAGUAAACCAUCUGAUGUGUUGUUGUUAAGCCCCGAGAAUCCAGAGUUUGUUAAUCGUGAUACUGAGCACCAGACUGUUGGAUUACACUUACUUGUGCUUUUAUUCACUCGAUGUCCAUCAGUCUGUGCUUCUUUAGCAUGGAGUUAUAAACUACCCAGUAUGCUGAUAGAGUUUAUUUGUCAAUCUGAAGUGAUUAGUAAACCGAUUGUCGACGGCAGUGAUAAUGCUGGUGUUGGUAGUUCACAUGGACAUAGCAUGUGCGUGGAGAUGAAUGAUGCGGAACUUGGCUCUUCUCAAGGUGUAUCUUCUGUUUCGUCAUCAAAAACAGACUAUUAUAAAACGUUAACUUUAGCUUUUCUUAUAUUGGAUCAAUAUGAAAAAAGCAUUCAGGCUAUGCGUCUACGCCAGGAAAGCAUUAAACUAUACGCUUCUUCGCAUAACUGGUAUUGGUUCGAUAAUCAAGCAGUACUUUGGCAUCCUUAUGCUAAUGAAAGUAUGCGAGUUAUCGAUAAACGUUUUCAUAGAGGUGAUUUAUUCGCCUCUUAUGAUGUUAAUCGAAGACCGUAUACUGUUGAAUUCCCUACAAUGACACAACGCAAUCUUGUCAGUAUGCAUAGACGUCCUGUUCUUCUGUUCCCGUCUAUUCCAAAGGAUGGAGAAACAAAUACGGAGACUUCAACAACGGAUCAGAUGUCCCCCUAUGAACUUAGCCUAAUGAACACAGAAGUACCUGAAUGUUUAAAUCCUGUAGAACGUUCAAAGCUAUGCCAAGCAUUAAUACAACAUUUCCGUGCAUUAAAGAGAACACCAUCUGCUGCUACUACACAAUCAAAUGCUUCAUUGUCGUCGUCAUCGUUCACUGAAACUAAUAUGCCUACAUCAUCUGAUCAGCAAACACCUCUUCCAUCGGAUUGUUUAAAUGCUAUGUUCAGAUUGCUGCUACGCUUAUGCUUUACAAGCUAUGAAAACGCCAGGGAGUUAGCUGAAUCCGACUUCUUAACAGUAUUAUUCACCUAUCCGCAUGCUAAGGAGUUUUCAGCUGAUUAUUCAGCAUUUGUUGGUGCUCUUAUAUCCGAAGUAUUUGAUGAUUCCGCCACUUCUGAGAGAAUAAUGAAAGAAAUUUUGAGUAAAAUGUCAAAGUAUGGUAUACCUAGCGCCUUCAUGGGAAUUGAAGCUGGUCCAAGAUCAUGUCGUGAUUUGUUUUACCUGUUGAAUAUGUGCUCACCAUUGUUUGCAAAGGAUCGUCAACGUGCUAUGAAAUUAAUGUCAGAAACAUUCAGUCUAUCUAUACCUAAAACAGAUUUAGAAACUAAAUCCUAUCCAAAAACAUACACUGUCGAAGAAGCUGGUCCUAAUUCGGAACGAUCUACAUUAUUUCCACUUACUAGUCGACAAAAACACUUGCUAACACAAUUAAUGGAUUUGAUAAUGUCUUCAACAGUGUUGAAAUCAAAAGGAGAUUGUCGUUCAUCGUCUACUACAACUGGAGUAGGAACAUAUCUUGAAAAAAUUAGUUCUAACUGUUAUAUAUAUUCAACUUCUGUCUACUUUCAGGACACAAAUGCACGUGGUGAUGAUUCGUUCACUUCUAUGACGGCUCCACUGGAUCCUACAUUGAUAAACACACUGUCUCCUGCUUCUAGUACAACAACAGUUAAUUGGGGUAGCUCUAGUACUACUACUACUACUACUACCACGACAACUGGUCAGUCGUCAAGUAGUACCUAUGGUCGUCAACAUCCUGGCUUGACAAUAAACACAACAACCGCUAAUCCACAACAAUCAUCAAUGCCUUGCAGUGAUGUGAAUAAACAACAAAAGACCGGUUUAAUUGUUCUCGGCAAAUUAGAUGCUUUGCGAUAUUUAAUUGAUUUAGUUGGCACUUAUAAAUCUGUUGCUGAAUUUAUUGCAAUGUACAAACAUAAACACGCUGAACACCACCACCACCACACUGUUGCUGGCAAGUCGACCACUACUGACACCUCGUUGUUGUCGUCGCCAUCGUUCUCCUCCUCUCCAAAAUGUUCAUUCCUGUCCUAUUUAUUCAGUUACCAAUUAACUGAUCCUGCAACUACUGAGGUUACAAUGUCCUUAUUAGAAAAUUUAAUUAUCAUUAGUAGUGAAUCUGUUCAACGGUUGAUAAUUAAUGAAUUCAAAGCAUCACUUAGUCGUAUCGGUGUUAAAUCUUUACCAUCAUCAUCAUCAUCAUGCGAUGAUAUCAAAUCAGAUAGUGUCUCAUCAAUGAAAAAUGAUCGAAUCAGUUCACAUAUGAUGUUUUUAAUACGCCUACUCUCCUUACCAAAACCACUGGUUAUGCCUAUACUACGCCUAUUGUAUAAGCGUAGAAUUUCAGCAGAUAUUGGUAAAUUAAUUGCCAUAAUUGGGUGUAAUCUGUCGAAUACACAGUCGACAAUUAGUUAUAUGUUAAGAGCACUAGAAAAUUUCACUUUAGUCUAUCGUGAAUAUACUAAAUUGUAUUCUCAGUCGUCGUCGUCGUCUAAACAACAACAACAAUCAGGAGUAGGGAAUAAUUCUGUUGUUGUUGGUCGACAAGUGAUAAACCCAGCUUCUACUACGACAUCAUCUGCUGCUGCUGCUGAUAAUGAUCAUAGUGGACCAGUACCAAGUAAUAGUGCUGCUGUUCAAUUAAUGAUGACUGGUAUUCAUGAUGAUGAUAAUGUUCAGCAUAGUGUUGUAAUUCAUGGAUCACCAACAACAAAUCCGCGAAGAAUUGAAGCAUCAAGCAUUAGUGGUGUUAGAGAUUCAGAGAUUCAGUCUGUUCCUGGAAAUAAUAACACUUCUAGAGAUUUUGAAACUGAUUCUGAUGAUGAUGAUGAAGAAGACGAUGAAGAUCAAGAGGAUAAUGAUAUCACUAUGUUAGUAGAUCAUCAAGAAGAAUUUUCACAUCCAGUAGAGAAUGUUGAAACAGCGUUUAGUGGUGGUUCUGUUGUUGUUGGUGGCGGUGGUGCUGGUGGAGCUUCUUCUUCUACUGGUUCCAAUCUGUCUCGUGUUCUUAGUGAUGUUUUGGCUGCUGAUAUGGUGGUAAUUGCUACAGAUCAUCAUCACGGUGAAAAUAAUGUUCGUCAACCUUGGCAUCGCGUCUCGAACUCAUCAGAUCCAGAGGCUAGAUCGGUGAUAUUUGUCUAUGAUGAUGAAGAUGAAGGCAGUUCUGGUCAAGGCGCUGAAGGGAACAAUAGUCAAGAUGAUGAAGAAGAAGAAGAGGAUGAUGAGGAAGACGAUGUUCUGGAGGCAGAAGAAGGAGACGAGGAGGAGGAUGACGAUGACGAACAUGUCGACGAAGAGGAGGAAGAAGAUGAAGACGGUGAAGAUGAUGAUGAUCCUGAGGUAGAAGGCGAUGAUGGUGAUGAUGUAGAUGUUAGUGGUGAGGAUGACGAGGAGGUCGCGUUUGUACUCAGUAGAAAUCGUAGACCUAAUACUAAUCGAGUUCGACCUUCUGGUAUGUCUAGUCCUCAUCGACGUCGUCGUCGUCAUCGAAUAGAUCCUGCUACUAUUUCUUUGACUGUUACUACAAGUCGAUCUAAUAACGAUCGUAAUAAUCAAAAUCCUGAAUCUCAUCAUAAUAAUGAUGACGAUGGAGAUAUGCAUGAUGAAACCGGCAAUAUUGUACUUCAUGACGAUACUCAUGUUGUGGACGCUAGAAGCUAUGAGGGAGUAGAUAUUGAUGAUUAUUCAGAAGCAAUACAGGACACUAUAAGAGAUGAUAUAGCCAUCAUUUUACCUGAGGUACGCGGAUCACGUGGAAGUCAUUCAGUGUCAACUGUUAUGGAACAAGCUCUCCGUCGAGUUGUCGGUCCCACUUUGAGUGCACUUGCAACUAACGGCCUUAGAGAUAUUGGAACAACUAGUUUAUCAACUAUCAGCCAGUCUAGAGGUGGUAAUUCAGGCAAUUGGGAUUUGCUUUUCCCAAGUUUUACAAAUUUUAUCGCCGGUGGUGAUGGUCCUAGACGUAGUGCUGUGGACAGUGGUAACUCUACAUUAUCAGGUGCUGCUGUUUUCCGUAUCAAUCCAGACGUGUCUGUAUAUGUGCCGGGAAACAAUGCUGGUGGUCGUUUUGGUUCAUCUGGUGGGAAUGUAGUUUCUUCUGCAAAUAAUCAGCUGUCUCAAUCUCCUCAGAUAUUGCCAACUGCUACAAUAGCUAAUCAACAUCCUUUGCUUCAGGUACCUACUGCUGCUAGUGCUAGUGCUGCUCCUUCAACGCAUAGUGUGAAUGUUGGAGUAUCUAGUCGUAACGCAGGUUCUAAUGGUUUACGUUUAACAGGCCGACCAAUAGUGACCAACACUAUGUCAACCUCAAAUCGCGUAGUAGCACACUUACCACCAAUACCGCAACAACAUGUUCCACCACAUUAUGGCACCCGUCAUCGGAUAGCUGGGCCUCACCCUUCUUCUUCCAGUAACGGUGGAUGGCGUUAUCACACCGUAAUAAAUCGACUGUAUGGUACAGAAUCUGAUGUAGAUCAUGCAAUCUCAUCUGGUGGAUCUAACAGUCACUCUCGUAACCCAGUUACCAGUGAUGCUCGAGAUAAUCGUUCUGGACCUGAAGCUAAUGAACUCGUAUGGUCAAUGUUAACAAGUCUUGCAGAAGAUCAACCUUCUCCUGCUAAUUCUGCUUUAGCUGCAGCUGUCUUUUCUAGAUUUCUUUCACCGCUCAAUAGAAUUCAACAGGGAGUGAUGGAUGUUAGUUCUAGGGGGAUUAAUCAUGCCCAACUGAUUCCAUAUGCAGGAUACGCCCUACCACCUCACUAUCGACGAUGGAUUAAUCUUUGUCGAAUGUUAUUUGGACAUGAAAUCAUGGAUAUUAUUCUUCUCAGUCGCCAUCAUAUUUAUAAAGUGCUUGAGGAAAGGCGUCAUGAAGUGUUCAAGCUACGUAUUGCCGAAAGCGAGGUGGCUAAUAAAUCGCCUGUAGUUACUAGCUCUCCUUGUGAGCCAACAGUUGCAGCUCCCGCGCUAGCAUCAUCUAUUAGCCAGCCCACUACUGAGUCUACUGAAACUUCUGUCACAUUUACUAAUCCAGUGGUCACUAAUGUGGUGGUAACUCUCGGAAAUUCUGAUAAUACAGGAGAUUCUCCAACAGAACGUACAACUACUGCUCAGGUUCCAUUGACUCCAGAUGUUGUAAGCCCAGUUGAAACGCUUGAAAUUUCAUCAAACAGUGAAGUACCUAGUACUGCUGACCAACACUUGGAAGAAUCAUCGAAUACUGCUACUACUACUACAGCUGGUCAGAGUGAAACUCAACCUGCAACUAGUACAGCAGAAAAUAUAUCUAAUCUUGUAGUAUCAAAUAUUGCACCAACUAGACCACCUGUAAUGAUGACUGACGAAGAAACUAUUCAAUCAUUAGUUGAAGGUGGAAUGGAUCCAUCCUUUUUAGAUGCUUUGCCUGAAGAAAUGCGACAGGAAGUAAUCGCUGAUCAUCGAUAUGCAAGACAAGUCCAGCAGCAGAUAAAUUCAAUGUCAUUACCGGAGCAUAUUAAUUCAGAAUGGUUGACUGGUCUUCCACCGCAUAUCCAAGAAGAGGUAUUGGCACAAUUUCGUCAAGAACAACAACAACAACGUCAGUCUUCAGCACAACCAACUACUCAGUCGACUAACGCCAAUCCAAGUGAACAACCUACUCAACCAGCGACUUCACAGAGUAAUACUGAUAGUAAUACAGCUUUCUUAGCUUCUUUACCGCCUUCAGUGCUACGUGAAGUGUUGGCUGACAUGGAGGAGUCACAGUUUGAAACUCUACCACAACACCUUGUCACUGAAGCUAACCGACUACGUCGUGAACAUGAAGAACGUUAUGCCCGUGCUGUUCAAAAUGGUCUUCUGUCUCAUUCGACUGAUACAAGACCUGAUCAUAUUUGGCGUAAUUUUACCACAGCGUCGGGAUUAAUCGGUGGACAUGGCCGAUGGGAUGUUCGAUUUAAUUCCAUCAAUCAGUUUCUACGACAUCUUGAUAGUGUUGGAGUUUCAUUAGGUUCAAAUAAUUCAUUAGCUGGUCGUUCAGCUGCAGGUAUAUGCGGUCGUGAAUUAGUUGAUCAUGAAGGAUUAACAUGUAUAAUUGUUGUACUUAUAUCUAUGUCAACAUGUUCUUAUCAUAAGAAACAUAUUGUACCAACAAUCAAAAGGGUUCUGCGUAAUCUCGCGUGUCAUACUAAUACACGAAAUUGGAUUGUCAAUACACUUAUAUCAUUAUUUAAUGGAUUGUGUGAAAAGCCAUUGUCGUCGCAUUCACGAUUGACUCAUUCUACAGACAAUUACGAAAUGAUAACCAGUUCAAGUGGUAUGAAUCAAUCGUCUUCUUUAAUUACAACAAAGGAAGGGGAAUUCGAUUAUUCUUAUAAAUCUGGAUCAAAUGCUAAGAAUAAUACCUUGUUUAAUGCUGGUUUUGAAGCUGCUUUAGGUUGUUGGGUUAGAAUUUUUCAUCCUAUUUCUCAAAAUCCAACAGUAUCAUCAUCUAGUCAGUCACAGAAUGAGACUCAUACUGCUGUAGGCUCCUCGAAUUCAACCAAUCCCGUUCGAUAUAUUAUUCAUCCACAAGCAGCAGUUUCUGUUGCCGGUGUUCUCUUAGAAACACUGAAUGAAUUAACUCAAUCAUUCCCAUCGCAUUUCUAUCCAGCUGAAGCAUCCCAGAUAUCAGAAACAACAAGUGAUGUGAAAUCACUGCCAUUGUCAUCGUCAUCAUCAUCAUCUCGUGUGGGGACUUCACAGAACACAGAUAUUCCUACUACAUCUUUCUGGGAUAUAUUCAGUCGACUUUCUCAAUCCAAUACAACAUCUCCUACUAACAGUACCACUGGGUCUACACCAACACGUCCUUCAAUCCGUCGAACACGAAUAUCGUCAAGAAAACGACCUCUGUCAAUUUCUGACAAACAGUCGAAUGAUUCACCUCAAGAGCCUACAUCUUCUUCAGUGAAAAUAUCUGUAAAUCCGUAUCAUUCAUCAUCUCAGUUAACUGCCAUGGAAACAUCAUUUACCACUGAGAAUACAGAAAGUGAAUCUGUCAAAGAAGCACACGAUGCUGCUAAGCAAAACGCCUCAAAGUCGACACCAAAUUGUUUCAUUGCGCUAUCUGAAUUACUCUGUCAUCAAAUGUUACACGACCGGCCAGUGAAUCAAGAACGCCUGGUCAUAAUUCUUGCGGGUAUUGUGAAAGAUUUUCUGCUUAGCCGAUCACAUUCCGAUAUAUCUGUUGCACGGGCUUCAACGCAUCCAAAUAAUUUAAUCACGCCCACCACUACUGUCAACACACUGACUGACAGUUCAAAUCAACAGGACCCCACUGACAAUCCUGUAGACCAACCAACAACUUCAUCAUCUGUCACAAACACCUCACCAGCUACACCUGUCCCAGAAACUCAGUCAUCUGUUGUAUCAACACAUUCUACUACUUCAACUAUUGCCAGUCCACCGAAUGAUCUUAUGGAUCCUUUAAGACCACAUGUUAUUGAAGCUAUAUGCCAGUUGGUGUUAGCUCCAAAGUUUACUGAAAGUGCACGUGCUAUAACAUCACAAUUAUUAACUGAUCUUGCUCAGUCGAAUCACCUUAUGAAAGAGACAAUUCUACGUUUGUUAUGUAACACAGCUGGUCAAUUGAUAUCAAAAAUAUCUAUUCAAUUACAGAGUCUUAUACUUGAAGUCGAUAAUCGCUUGAAAGACGAACUACCUCUACAAUCAACUUCAAAGCAGUAUCAAAGUAGACCAUCUACAUCUCGUUAUCCACCAGACAUAAGUCGCAUUUCUUCCUACGACAUAUUACCUGAUCGUUUUGGUUCUCCAGGUCAAAUGGUUGUUGUAUCAGGUGAAGCUCGUCAACAAGCGGCUGCUAAGUUCACCGAUCUCCAGUUAACUUCAUCAGAACCUUUCACAUAUCCUAACAAUGAUCAAUGUCGUCUUCGUGGUGUUUUAGGCUUAAUGUUACGCAUUGCAGCUGGUGAUAGCUCAUUAGUUGGAACAAAUUUAAUCUCUGUGUCAUCAAAUGAUCUUCUAAGCACUGUACCUGGUGUCAAUGAAUUCUGGAAUUAUUUAUGUCAAGCUUUUGAACGACUACAAGCUUUAAAUGAUCAAAAUGCUGUUCUCUUAUUACAGCCUCUACUCGAAGUAUUUUGUUUAGCUCAUGUUCACUUGCUCAAAGACACUAUCCUGCUACGUCAACGUCCAACAAAUAAUCGAUCGAAUCGAAGCAAUUCCUGUUCCACUGGUGCAUCAAGUUUUAUUGACAUGGUACCUUUAUUACAUAUCUGUGUUGAUUCGUCGUCUCAAUCAGAAUUUGAUUCAAACCGAUCAUCAACUACUGAUCAUCUUGGACACUUGUAUUUCGAUUUAGGCGGUCCUCUGUCGCCGAGUGGUACAACUGGAGAGGAUGAAGAGUUAACAAUCGAAGGCUCUACAACCAGUUGUACGCUUACAUCACAAAAUUCACAAUCUCGUAAUCCUAUUAUACAAUUUGCAGACAAGUAUCGUCGUGGAUUAAGUCAAGUACUUCGUCAGUAUGGAGCAAAUAUUGGUGAAUCACCGUUCGCUGUAUUCUUAGCUUAUCCUCGUGUACUUGAUUUUGAUGUGAAACGUCGUUUCUUCCGACAACAACUUCAAUCACUAUCGAAUCGUUCAUCGUCUAGCAGUCGUCUUGAUGAUGAACCGAUAACCGUGUCAAGGGAACGUAUAUUUGAAGAUAGUUAUGCUAGACUUCAUAGAAAAUCUGUAAAUGAAUGGAAGCAUAAAUUUGUUAUUCGUUUCCAAAAUGAAGAAGGUCAAGAUGCUGGUGGUCCACUGCGUGAAUGGUUUUUAUUAAUGAGUCGAGAGAUAUUCAAUCCAAACUAUUGUCUAUUCCGUGUUUCACCAGCUGAUCGUGUCACGUAUACAAUUAAUCCAAGUUCAUAUAUUAACAGUAAUCAUCUGUCAUAUUUCAAAUUUGUUGGACGUUUUAUUGCUAAAGCAAUAAAUGAUAAUAAAUUAUUGGAGUGCUACUUUACACGAGCAUUUUAUAAGCAUAUUUUAGGUGUACCUGUUAAGUGUUCUGAUCUAGAAAGUGAAGAUUAUGAAUUCUUCAAAGGUUUAGAAUUUCUUCUAAGUCACAAUGUAUCUGAUCUGGGUUAUGAACUAACCUUUAGUACUGAGAUAAAUGAAUUCGGAAAGACUGACACCCGAGAUCUUAUUGAAAAUGGUCGAAAUGUACCAGUUACUGAAAGUAACAAAAAGGAGUAUGUUCGUCUUGUGUGUCAAGAACGCAUGACUGGUGCUAUACGUCAACAGUUGGAUGCUUUCUUAAGCGGUUUCUAUGAUAUCAUUCCAAAACGUAUGAUUAGUAUCUUUAAUGAACAAGAAUUAGAACUUUUAAUCAGUGGUCUGCCUAAUAUUGACAUAUCUGACUUGAAGGCGAAUACAGUUUACUCCAAGUAUCAACCGAAUUCACCACAGAUUGAAUGGUUUUGGCAAGCACUGGAAUCAUUUGAUCAAGAGGAUUUAGCACGUUUUCUUCAGUUUGUUACUGGGACUAGUAAAGUCCCACUGGGUGGAUUUACAAACUUGGAAGGAAUGCAUGGCGCGACGAAAUUCCAGAUAAGUCGAGCAGCUAUAUCAAGUACUAGUCAUUUACCGUCUGCGCAUACUUGCUUUAAUACACUUGUAUUACCGGCCUACGAAAGCUAUGAACAGUUAAGAUCAAGACUGUUAAUGGCUAUACGUGAAUGUAGUGAAGGCUAUGGGAUGGCAUAAUUCGCCUGCUUUAAAAGGAAAAUACACAACACUUUCUUAUCAUUCUUCUUCUCACGUGUGUGUUUUUGUCACCAAUAAUACCAUCACCAUUACCACUGCUCCCCCUUUUGCCUUGUUCUUCUGUUAUUUUUUGUUUUGUUCUGUUUUUUUCUACUACUGAACAAUAAUGUUCAUCAAAAUAAAGUAAAAUAAGAUAAAAACCGGCAGCUGCACGGAUUUACUGUGAUGUGUGUUACGAGAGGGCUGUUGUUGUUACGCACACAUGAAAGAAGAAUGUGUCUUAUACUGAAAAAAAUGCAAAAAGUGGUUCUUUUGUUGUAUUUCACUUUCUCUAUAUACAUAUACAUAUACAUCUAUCCAUCCAUCCAUCUAUAUGUUUCUACAUACACACUUCUCUUAGAUUGUUUUCCACCAUUUCAACCAUUUAUUAUCUAAAAAAAAAAUUCGUUUGAAGCGCUUUUUUAUAUACACAAACAAACACAUUAAAACAAUGUUCAAUUUUCAAUAAAUUCAAAAAAAACAGGACGUAUAAAUUUCUUGUUGUUACUAUUAUUAUUAUUCCUAUUUCUAUUACUUUUAGUUGUUACAAGUAUCUGAAACUCAACUAUCCCCCCCCCCACUUUCGUAUGUAAAGUCUUUUUUC